AUGCACAGGAAGGAUUAUGGGAAAGACCAAAAUGAUCCUAAUAUGGUCGUUCGUCACUCCUUCGGUUCAGCAACAGAACUUAAAGCAAAAGGAAUACAUUUCAAGUCUAGCGGUACAUUUUGUCUAACAGACAUCAGCUUCACUUCGUCCUUUGGCUAUGGACAGUUGACACUUCCUCCUAUGGUACGUAAGGCGCACUCCAAGUUCCUCUUCUUGAACAUGAUUGCAUAUGAAAUGGCUCCUAACACAGAUACUGACCUUGAGGUUAACAGUUACAUUUAUUUCCUGAAUUUACUCAAUAGUGGAGCCGACGACGUUAUUGAGCUGCGAUCUCAUAACAUAAUUUCUAACUCCCGUGAUUCCAAUGAGGGAGUUGCAAAAUUCUUCAACACUAUGACUUCUGCUGUCUCACAAGCCAAUUUUUUUAUCCUUGAUGACGUUUGUAAUCGAAUUGAAGAGCACUUCACUAGCAAGGCAAAAACUUGGAUGGCUCAAGUCCUGCAUGAUCAUUUCAGUUCUCCGUGGACUACUGUGGCUUUUUUAGCCGAAAUGUUUCUUUUUAUCUUAACCUUCACCCAAACCUACUUCCAAGUUGUUCCUCGCUCUACAAACCAAAAGUAA